UCUCCAUCACUGGCCUAAAAAGUUUUCUCCUUGUCUGCUGUCAAUAUUUAUUGAUGGAAAAUUGUAAAAAUGGCUGUAGCACUGACUACUGAAUAUCAGCAGUUUCCUACAGUUCUUUGCUUCAGACACUGUGAAGAAGGAUCAAACGUGUCUUGUUUUGAAAUACCAUCGGGAUGCCCAUGUUGUGGGAGAAGUUUGAAAUCAGCUAAUUUUCUCGUUCCUCCUUUUGCUGUACCCACACCUUUCAGCUUCACCGAUGAUGGAUGUCAAAGCAGCGACAUUUCGCCUUGCAGUUUACUUAUAAAACCAACUACUGGGAACUUUCUCACGUCCUACAAGGCAGGGGACAAUCUUCAUAUUGGAAUUACAGAUUCUCAAGGGAAUAUUUUCAGCUAUGAUGAACAUGGUGUCAAAAUGGAAAAACAGCCUUGGAGCUAUUGCUUAACUAUAGAAGUAGUAAAUGCAGAAAUGACAUCAGUUGCAACUGCUUGGAAUUUAGCAUUAUACAAACAAUCAAAACUACAAAAGUGGCAAAUGGAAAACUAUGAUGAAGAGAACCAAAAUUGUUUUUCGUUUGUCUUGGAAUUUCUAAACGACUUGCUGCACAAAGGUUAUGACAAAGAAGAAUUCUGUAAUAGAUUCAUUUUGCCCCUCACAACAAAAGCUGCUAGCUACAUAGGAGUCUACAGAAAAAUUCUCACUGAUGGAUUGUUUGUUCAUCAGAAUUAACCUGGAAGAUGUCAGCUUUUAGGUUUUGGGAUUCUCCGAAAGUCAAUCAUGAUUGGUAUAUGAAGUAUAUUGGAGCUGAUGGCAAGUGACGUACGAAAUGGUUAGAUUUUUUACAACCCAUUCUUGUCUAAAGCUCACGGUAAAUUAAAAAUUGUUUUUCUAGGGUCUUAAUGUCUAGAACACAUGACGCCUAAAUGUGACAUAAGGAAGCAGAGACUAGGUUUUUAAAUUUUAUUAUAAAUUUCUAAUAAUAAUAAUUAUAAUUACAGUGCAUAACUAUAAUACAAUAUUCUAUACACUUUACAAUUUAAAACCUAUUACAUGACAUCAUAAGCUAAUUUAAAUGAAUGAGUCUUUAACGACGAUUUAAAAUUAUC